AUGCUGGGUUCAUCUUCACAAUUUAAGCAAAUCAUUGUAAAGAAAACAAACGUUCCAUAUGAAUUGAGAUUUAUUGACAUCAGAAAUUAUAUAGCGGGUGGGACAUUAGACCAAUUCACUCAAGAUUUCGGAAACAAUAAAUCACGUGUUAAAUCCUUUUUCCCAUAUCAAUUCAUCACAUGGGAGAAUUACGAAGAUGAAUUAUAUAAAAAGGAACCAUUCACUCAAGAUUCAUUUUAUUCAGCAUUAACCCAAGAAACUAUAUCAGAUAGUGAUUAUCAAAUAUAUCUCAAUGAUGCUAAAAAUUUUGAGAAUAGAUUAGAAUAUUUUAUUCAUUAUUGCAAUAAAGACGUUGAAAUUAUGAUUGACCCAAUCGAUAAAAUUAUUGAAGAAACAUUUGUUUAUAAAAUUGACAUGCUCCAUAAUCUUUCAUUAUCAUCUAAUGCAUCAAUGAUUCGUUACGCUUUAGCAUAUAAAGACUUUAAUCCUAACGAAACAUAUCCGGAAGAAGAAAAUGUGGAAUCAAGUUUUGAAUUAACGAAAAAGUAUUGGAAAUAUAAAAUUGAAUCAUAUAAGAAACAAGAUGAAAAGGUGAAAAGAGAUACCAAAAAUAAUGUUUCAAUGGAUGACUAUCAAUAUUUUCACGAUUUAAUCCUUUCAUCUAAAUGUAAAAUGUGUGGUAAAGCGUUUACAUAUGCAUAUUUAUAA